AUGGACAAAUAAUUACUUCUUAUACCUUCUGAGAAAGUUGCUCAUGAUGCUGCUGGUCAUAAAUGCUAAACUCAAUUAGAUGCUUAUAAUAUUUGUAUAUAAAAAAAUAAACAUAAUAAUGCUUUGAAACAGUGUAUAGAAUUGAUGGAUCAAUUUAGAUAUUGCACUCUUCUGAAUGCGAAGUUGGCCCAAUCAGAAUAGAAGGCUAAAGAAGUGUGA